UCCUUCUUUGAAGAGCAAGUCCUUCCUAUCUGUGUUACUUCCUCUGUAUUGGUCACAACUGUUUCGAGUACCGAGCGAGUCAAUCACGUUGGAGAACUAGUUCUUGCAGAACUGGAGAAGACUCCGAUCAAUGAGGCUCUGACUGUUAUCUUGGGUUCAGGAGAUGGAACACUGCACGAACUGAUCAAUUACCUCUCGAGCGCUGACAUCAAAGGCACAAGAGCUGGAGUUACCAGUGUUCCACCAGAAAUACAUCUUGUACUCGUUCCUUGCGGUACUGCAAAUGCGCUUUACUCCUCAUUAUUUCCUCCAACCUCCUCCGUCACCCCGUCGAUAGAAUACAGACUACAGUCUGUGAGGUCGUUUUUACAAGCACCAGACUCCCAUCUUUUACCUUUAACAUUGGCUAUCACGACGCUGUCUUCACCUCCUGCCGCGAAGAUACGCCCCAAAGCCGUAGCGUCGGCAGUUGUUGUAUCUACCUCUCUCCAUGCAUCCAUCUUGCAUGACUCUGAACUUCUGCGCGCGGAGAUGCCAGGGAUUGAGCGAUUCAAGAUUGCCGCAAAGCAAAACAGCAAUAAGUGGUAUAAUGGUUACGCCAAACUGCUUCCUGUGGCAUCUCUCGGAGUAGUGCAAUUGUAUGAUCCGGACGCCAAAGAGUUCAUCAGUCAUCCUGACGCAGAUGAAGACAACCCAGUGGUGGAUCUCUACGGGCCAUUCGCAUACUUCUUAUCUACGGUCAAUGUGGAUAGACUAGAGCCUGCAUUUCGGAUUACCCCUCUCGCUAAGGAUAUUCCCUCUGCAAAUGAUGCCUCUUGCGAUCUAGUAGCGAUUCGUCCUUUUUCUAACCCAGUUGUGUCGAUAGACACGCCUGAAGCACGAGACAAUUUUGUGAGCAAAUUAUGGGAUACAUUGCAAGCAGCAUAUCAAAAUGGUAACCACGUUAAUCUUCGAUAUGACGAGGAGGGUAAGGUGACUACGGAAGGUGAAGGGCCUUUCGUCGUAGAAUACGUUCGCUGUGGUGGAUGGGAGUGGAUCCCGGAUGAUAUCGACGAUGAUGCUCAUAUAGUCUGUCUCGAUGGUGACAUUGUUACCAUUGAAAAGGGUGGACGCGCAGUUUGUGUAGCAGCUACCCCUCAAGCCAAAGCGGGAUUCAUGGUCCAUGGAUGA